UACUAACUUUAUCACUGGUUGAUUUGUUUUGGACCGACUUUAAAUUUUCUUAAUGAGGAUAGAAAUGUGAUAGAAAUUGCAUACUUAAUAGCAUAUUGUAAUUGUGAAAGGGGGAUUAGUGUAAUUACUACUUCUAUAAAUAAGGCAUUUGUCAUUAUAGAAAGGGGGAAAAAGAUACCGGUAGAUUGUUAGGCUCAUUGCAUUAACAUGAGAAGGGCAUAGCCCUGGAUCACUUCGGUGGUUAGUUACUUUGGAUUAUCUUCUUCAAUCAUUCAAUGUAGUUACAUAUUUGCUUUCAUCACUUCUAUAAAAUUCAGUUGCUAUCAUUGGUCCGACCUGCUACUCUGCUCUACCACCGCUCGAUCAUCAAUUCAACCAGAUCUAUCGUUCUAAUUGAUUCACCGAUUCAAUAAGCUUUUUCUAGGGUUUCAAUCGUUUACAUCUCUAUCCAGUUCGUUUCAAUUUCCAAUUCUCAGAUCUCACUUCGAUUUCUACAUCCAGAUCUAUAAUUCCAAUUCAUUCUGUUUUUUUUCGACUCCAUCAUGGUGAAUCAAACUGCUCGAUUGGAUGCUCAUGAACAACAAAUUCAUCAAUUACAAUCUGAUGUUGCUGAGAUUAAGGCAUCUCUCACAGCGUUGAAUGAAGAUCGGGCUGAUUUCGUUGAAUUUCGUAAAGCUGUGUUAGCGUGGAUGAAAUCGCAGGAGAAGAAACAUGUGGAUGAUUCAUCUGGAUCUGGAUCUUCAAGUAUUGUGUUCUCGAAGUUCGGCCCCAAAUCUGGCUCUUCUGAUCCUCCGUCUGGCUUACCAUGGACUGUGAAGAAGGUGCACUUGCCUGAAUUCUCUGGUUUUGAUCCACAAGGCUGGAUCCAGAAGGCGAACCUGUUUUUUGAUCUCAAUCAGACUCCUGAUGCUUCUCGCUUACAGCUUGCUCAAUUGAGUAUGAUUGGUGCUGCUCAACAUUGGUUCACAAUCAUCAAUCAGGUUCAUCCGUCCUUGACUUGGCUCCAAUUUCAGUCCGAAUUGUUGCAACGUUUCACUGGUCUCUCGAUUCAGAAUCCGUGUGAACAGUUAGCUACUAUUAAGCAAUCGGAUUCCAUCUUUGAUUAUAUUGAUGAUUUCGAGUAUGUGUUAUCCUUGGUUCCUCAUUUACCGGAGUCUCAAACUCUUGGCUAUUUCAUUGCGGGUUUGAAGGACAAUGUCAAACAACAAGUCCGUUUACAUCGCCCCACUACUUGUAUGGAUGCUAUGUAUUUGGCUAAAGAUGUGGAUUUGAUUCUUCGGCCAUCAAAAUCCAGUUCGUUGGUAUCUCGUUUUCGGUAUUUGUCACAUAUCGGGUUGCCUUCUAUGGAUUCUAGGAACGAGCAUCGUGUGUGGGAUACCACGGGCUCUAAAAUUGUUGACAAUUAUGGGGCUGCAAAUGCGCAAGUGGGUAUCCAUGAUCGAGGCAUUCGUUCAUUAUCUUGUGCCGAGUGGGAGGAUCGGAAGAAGAAGGGAUUGUGUUUUAAGUAUGGCCAAGUUUACAGUCCUAGCCACAAGUGUCCGGCGGGUAGUCUUCGUGUCUUAUUACUUGGGGAUGAUGAAUGGGAUGAAGUGGACGAGCUGACUAUGCAUUUCGGAUGAGGGUGUGCAAACAGUUGUAGGAUCUAUUCACAAGUCUUGAGGACAAGUCUUGACUUAUAGAGGGAGUACUGAUAGAAAUUUCAUACUUAAUAGCAUAUUGUAAUUGUGAAAGGGGGGUUAGUGUAAUUACUACUUCUAUAAAUAAGGCAUUAGUCAUUAUAGAAAGGGGGAAAAUAUACUGGUAGGUUGUUAGGCUCAUUGCAUUAGCAUGAGAAGGGCAUAGCCCUGGAUCACUUCGGUGGUCCUGCUCAAGCUCAAAAUUUUAGGGAUUCACUUGCAGAAGCAAAAUCUGAUAUUGUAGUGAAGGUGUUCUUUUUAUCUUUUUUUUUUUUUUUUUUUUUGUUAUAGUAAUAGUACUACUUAAAGAACAAAUCAAUAGGUUGACACCAACCGGAUGUAUGUAGUAAUGACCUUUACAGUGCAAUAGUACUACUUAAAGAACAAAUCAAUAGGUUGACACCAACUGGAUGUAUGUGGUAAUGAUCUUUACAGUAUAAAUGCGAAUUAUUGAGUGGUCUUUACACCACUAUUAAUAUAAGAGAUUACUAUGACCAGCAA